GGGAUCCAAAAUUUGGCAGUGACUUCGGGUGAGGGGUCAAUUCAGAUAGAGCGAGAGUUCCAGAGACGUGGGCUCGAAGAGACUGAAUGAAAGAUCAAGCAACCGCAACCAGGAGAGAGAGAGGCGAGGAAGGAAGGGUGAAACAAUUAUCUCACCAUGUAUCUUCAGUUCUAUAUAAAUGAGAAUGGGGUUAAAGUUUACACCACAAAGUAUGUCGAUACAUUCUUGCUAAAUGCAGCUCGAUUUUCUCCUGAUGAUAAAUAUUCGAGGCAGAGAGUUGCCCUCAAGAAGCGCUUCGGAUUGUUGCCAACACAGAAACCUCCUCCAAAGUACUGAAAGUAUUGGGGAAAAGCAUAUUGGAGUGCAUUUGAGAUACCGGAAUGUUUAUGAUCCGAUGGAAUUAGGACUGUGAGUCACUAUUGUGUAGCACUAAUAGGUAUUGGCUGAUAUUUGAUUGGAUAAUAUACAUCAGACUUGCAAGUGUAUCAUGCUUUCUAAAUUAUAAAAUUCUGGCUCUACCUUUUGAUUGACUGAA